GGGGCCUGGGUACCUCAAGUGAAACAAGAGUUUGUGGGCCUGUGGGAGACAAGGGGGAAGCCGCUGCCUUGAGUAACCUGGGCUGCUGUGGGGAUCUGGGCAUAUCCUGGGCUGGCAGUCCCCACCCUGGCCAGGUUCUGGCCUCUGGGGGGUGUGGGUAACCAAGGGGGGUUGCCAGAAGGCGGGGUCAACACAGAACACAGGUUUCCUUGUGCUGCCGGAGAGACGGAGGGAGCGUACGAGGAACUCUGAGGCCUCUGUUCUCCCCAGUCACCAUGGCUGGGUCUCUGUCUCCGGGGCUCUUCAGCGUCCUCAUCCUGCUGUCUGCCCUCGCGGGGCUGAGCAUGGGGGGCCGCACCAUGCCCAAGCUGGCUGACCGGAAGCUGUGUGCUGAUGAGGAAUGCAGCCACCCCAUUUCCAUGGCCGUGGCCCUUCAGGACUACGUGGCCCCCGACUGCCGGUUCCUGACCAUAUACCGAGGCCAAGUGGUCUACGUCUUCUCCAAGCUCAAGGGCCGCGGACGGCUCUUCUGGGGAGGCAGUGUUCAGGGAGAUUACUAUGGAGACACAGCCGCUCGCUUAGGAUACUUCCCCAGUAGUGUCGUUCGCGAAGACCAGACGCUGAAACCUGGCAAGAUUGAUGUCAAGACGGAUGAGUGGGAUUUCUACUGCCAGUGAACGCAAUCUGCCUUCCAUCCCUGCUGUCUCCCCUCCUUCGCUUCAUGCAAAUACAUUGGCCUGGUGCAGACUCUCCGUCUCUGUGCUCCUUGGGGGCGGGUUCCUGAAUCUAGCCAAUCAGUUGGCGGAGUGUGGGCA